ACAAACAACAACAAUAGCAACAACAUCUACAACAACAGCUAGCAGCAGCAGCAGCACUAGUGCCGCUCGCAAGAGUGGCCCAGGAGCUAGACGGAAGCCUAGCUUUUUGGAUGCAUUGUCGCCAGAUAAACGUGCACUCUUUGAGGAGCACGCACGUGACGACGAUGAUGUGCCCUCCUGCAGCGACACUCAGCGUAGUGUGUCAACCACCGUAAAUCGCGCAAGCGCUGCCCCCGCAACCCCCUCGAGCAGGAUCGACUGCGGACAGGAGGGUGGUUUCACGAAAGUGGAAUCGAGGGGAGAACGAAAAAGGAGACGACAACGAGGGAACGUCCCAUGUACCCCGGAGCCAGGACGGCCAGGAGGCCACGACGACCCACGCAGAGCUGGAAUGAGUGGGGCCACUCUAAAGUGGUACCUGAGGUUCCUCGAGGACGGCAUGACGCCGGAGUCAGCCGAAAAGCGGGCUUUGAAUAGGAGCAGUGGGAACAUCCCCUCUCCAAGCAAUACACGACGUGUAGGUACCAAUGGCGGUUCGUCUGCAACUAGACGCAGGAAUCGGAGGCGCCGCCGAGCUCAAGCAGCCCAAUCGGAGGGGCGAAUCGAAGCAAGGCCAGCACCCCAAGAGGAACCCAGUCGGAUGGAGAAACGGAAGAGCGUCCAGAGAACACCUCAGGAGCCACCAUUGCCCAAGAGAAUACGGGAAGACAGACCACAGGGAGCCGGUGGAAAACGCCCCAACCCCAACCAGCAGCCGAUGAAGACCACGAGCCGCAAAUACUCGGAGGCUGUCAGCAAUAUACAGAUGGCAGUGUUGCCCAACAACUACCCUGCGGAGGCACUAGGGUCUGAGCAGCUGACGGCUCUCCAAGACUGCCUAGUCAAUGCCCUAACUAUCGGCGUCGGCUAUACCGGUGCCUUUAAUGGCAUCUUUUUCAAAGGCGGCAUGCUGCUGGUCGACUGCCAGGAUGAAAAGUCGGCCACCUGGCUGAAGAACAUCACGCCGAGGCUAGAGGGCUGGGAGGGUCCGGCCCUGUGUGUCAGAAGAGGAGAGGAAAUACCGCAACUACACAGUAUGGUGGCGUUUUUCCCCAGGAGUGCUGACAAGAGCUAUGACUUCGCGCUCAAUCUGGUGAGAAACCAGAACGAAGGUUUGAGUACCUCAGCGUGGAAGGUCGUAGCAAGCAGUGUUGAAGGUUCCGGGUGGAACCUCAACAUUACGAUGGACGACGUAUCAUACACGUACAUUAAGCAGAAGGGGUACAGGCUGAACUUCCGCUUCGGCAAGAUUGUGGUGAGGCCAUGGAGGCCCAAGGCUACGACCACGAGCCAAGAACCGCCAACGGGGACGACCGCAACACCAGCUCCACCCAUAACCCGCCCAGUCGCGCUUGAAGCGACUGCCGCCGUGGUUUCGUGCGAGCAAGACGAGUCCCCCAACGACCAAAUCUCGGCUGGGCAGGUUGCGACCAUCGCCGCAGACGUGAACAGCGGAAACGGGAUCACCACAGCGCAGGAAGUUAUGUUGCCGUCCACCCAAGAGCUUCUGGAAGGGCUGGAGAUGCAGGUCGAUGGAGAGACUGAAGACGAGGACCUGUCUCUCGUCGAACCCGUACUAUAAUCUCCAGUACCGGUAUAGAGGUGGCCCAGGUGAACCUCCAUCACGCAUCGGCAGCCUCGGCGGUCAUCGUGAAGAGGUUCAUUUCGGAUAACCUGGGCAUCCUCCUAAUCCAGGAGCCCUGGGUGGUCAGAGGAGAGGUAAGAGGCCUCAACACAAGAAAAAGCAAGAGUUUCUAACGCAAGAUCUGGUGGCUGUGCAGAUAAAGGACAAGGAAGGAUCGGACUUCGUCCUUGCGUCAGGAUAUUUUCCGGGAGAAACAGCCACGGCACCCCCCCCAUUGAUUCUUAAACUGGUGGAGCACUGUAAGUCAAACAAUCUGCCCCUAAUCAUAGGCUGCGAUGCCAACGCGCAUCACACAGAAUGGGGCAGCACGGACUGCAACGUGAGGGGUGAGUCACUUUUAGAAUUUAUACUUAGCAACAAUAUUAAUAUAGAGAACGUAGGUUGUGAGCCAACCUUCGUAACAAGUGUUCGGAGUGAGGUCCUAGAUGUUACCUUGAGCAACGACGGCGUGAUAGGGCUGAUCUCACAGUGGCGGGUUUCUAAAGAACCCUCACUGUCGGAUCACAGGAUCAUCCGCUUUGUUCUGGGGGUGACUAUCGGGGACCGACCUCCGAUUCGUACCCCGAGAAAUACAAAUUGGGGUAUCUUCAGAGAGAAUCUAAGUAGGAACCUAAGUGGAGUGGAGCAGGCGGAUGGUAGGUCCACCACAGUCGGGCUGGAGAGCAGACUAAGUGCCAUAAACCAAUCCAUUGUGGACGCCUACCAUUGUGCCUGUCCACUGAAAGCGACCACCAGCAAACAAAUCUGCCCCUGGUGGUCCAGUAAACUAUCAUCUCUUAGACUUAGGGUGCGCAAGCUGUUUAAUAAAGCCAAGCGCACGGGUAGCUGGGAAGAAUACAAGCGGCAGCUAACAAUCUACAACAAGGAGAUUAGGCUUGCCAAGUCAAACAGUUUCAGGAAGUUCUGUGAGAGCGUCUCCUCGACCCCAGAGGCAGCAAGACUGCACAAGGCGUUGUCGAAGGGUAAGAUGGACACAGUACUAUCCCUUAAAAGACAGGACGGGACCUAUACGACAAGUGCAGAGGAGAGAGCCGAAACACUCCUACAAACGCACUUCCCGGAGACAGUUCAAGCUGACCUAACCCCAGCUUCGGUCAUGCGUAGGCCGGAUCGCUCAGACUGGCUGACUGCAAGGAACCUGUUCACUGCAGACUCAGUCAGGUGGGCACUGGCCUCUUUUUCGAGCUACAAGUCACCGGGAGUGGAUGGCGUCUUCCCAGCCCUCUUGCAGCAAGGUAUCGACAUUCUCCUACCACACCUGCUGGGGCUGAUGAGAGACAGCCUGGCGAUGUCGUAUAUUCCCGAGCCCUGGAGAAUUGCCAAAGUAAUUUUCAUUCCCAAGAUAGGAAGAAGGGACUAUUCGUUAGCAAAAUCAUUUCGGCCCAUAAGCCUAACGUCCUUCUUUCUAAAGGGGAUGGAAAAAGUUAUAGAUAACCACAUAAGAUCGGAAGCGCUAAAAGUCGCACCCCUGCAUGCCAGACAACAUGCGUACAGAGCGGGGAGAUCAACGAAUACUGCUCUGUACCAACUCACGUCUGACCUGCAGGAUUCGCUGGCCAAUGGCGAGAUAGCGAUCUGCGCCUUUCUUGACAUUGAGGGUGCCUUCGACAAUGCAUACAAGCGUGAUUAAGGCACUCGAGAGAAGGAGUGUACCCCUUCCGAUACGCAGAUGGAUUGAAACCCUUCUGCGCACUAGGGUAGCAGAAACAAUAGUGGGAGAAAGUAAGAUUCGUCUUGGCACCACAAGGGGCUGCCCUCAGGGCGGAGUGCUAUCCCCUCUGCUAUGGAGCCUGAUUGUAGACGAAUUACUCGAGCUACUCACAAGCAAUGGAAUCCGCUGCCUAGGGUACGCGGACGACAUCGUCAUAAUGGCGAGAGGCAAAUUUGAGAACACUCUCUGUGACAUUGUUCAAAGGGGCCUAAACUUGGCAAAGGGAUGGUGCAACACGGUAGGGCUUAACAUCAACCCAGCGAAGACCACCGUGAUCCCAUUCACUAAGCGGAGAUCUCUUCCGGGCCUGAGAUCCCUUACAAUCGGAGGCACAGAGGUGGAAAUGUCUAAGGAGGUCAAAUUUCUCGGCCUCAUCUUAGACUCACAGUUAAAAUGGAGUAGGCAUUUGGACUUAACUUUAUCCAAGGCAACUAGAGCGCUAAUGAUUUGUAGACGCCUAGCCGGCAGAUCAUGGGGAUGCAAGCCAAGCAUCAUCAGAUGGCUGUAUACCAUGAUAGUAAGGCCUAUCGUCACCUAUGGAGCGGUUGCUUGGGCCACCAAAGCUGCGCAGUCUUCGGUGAUAGGAAGACUGUCAAAGCUGCAAAGACUUGCAUGUGUCUGUGCUUCAGGGGCAAUGCGCACAUGUCCCACCGUGGCACUGGAA